AUGAGAACAACGAAGGACUACCCUACAAUACCGGACUACCCUUCAAUACCGGACUACCCUACAAUACUGGACUACCCUACAAUACUGGACUACCCUUCAAUACUGGACUACCCUACAAUACCGGACUACCCUAUAAUACUGGACUACCCUUCAAUACCGGACUACCCUACAAUACCGGACUACCCUAUAAUACUGGACUACCCUUCAAUAUGGGACUACCCUACAAUACCGGACUACCCUACCCUACUGGACUACCCUACAAUACUGGACUACCCUACAAUACUGGGCUAUCCUACAAUACCAGACUACCCUACAAUACCAGACUACCCUACUAUACUGGACUACCCUUCAAUACUGGACUACUCUACCCUACUGGACUAUACUACAAUACUGGACUACCCUACAAUACCGGACUACCCUACAAUACUGGACUACCCUUCAAUACUGGACUACCCUACCCUACUGGACUAUACUACAAUACUGGACUACCCUACAAUACCGGACUACUCUACAAUACCGGAUUACUCUACAAUACUGGACUACCCUACAAUACCGGACUACCCUUCAAUACUGGACUACCCUACAAUACUGGAUUACUCUACAAUACUGGAUUACUCUACAAUAUGGAGUGAAAUUGGUAGCUAUUUCCCAUCGUCACUUAUUGACAAAAAUAAAUUUUACUGUUUAUACCCUCGAGUAACCAGUUUCCGUUAUGGUAAGGAAACAGAGCGCAAUUUCGUGAUAAUAAUUGUAUAA